AUGAACUCGCGGGUCUUCAUCGGCAACCUGAACACGCUGGUGGUGAAGAAGAGCGACGUGGAGGCCAUCUUCUCCAAGUACGGCAAGAUCGUCGGCUGCUCCGUCCACAAGGGCUUCGCCUUCGUCCAGUACGUCAACGAGCGCAACGCCCGCGCCGCCGUGGCCGGCGAGGACGGCCGCAUGAUCGCCGGCCAGGUGCUGG